UCAGCCUCCUCCUACCUUGUGUUUAUGUUUUGGCUAAAUGGCAGUAAGCUCUACGUCUACAUUGCUUUGGAUUCGAUCCAAAUAUCUACGACUUAAUAAAAGUAAAAUCUUCCUUUAAGCAUAGUCAGCUCAGCUUUUCUUAACAACCACAAAACUACCUCUCUCUCCACCCUCACUUUUCGAUUCUCUUUCCUCCCUUUCCGGCAUUAAAAGAUCAAAGGACAAGGAUUUUCUAGGCAUCAUCAGGUUUCAUUGUAAGCUGUUUCUAUGACAUCUCUACUUGUCAUAUAUUGAGACAUUAUCUUCAAAGGAAUUGUGACCUUUUGGGCAUUGUGCAUGUCUGGCCCUGUGGCCCUUGCUGGUAAUGCCGAAGGAGCACUUACUUGUGCAGACAGAACAAAGUCUCUUGAAGCCAUCUCUGACAAAGAGCAUAUAAAUAGAUUGGCCAAUGGUGAAGCUGUCCAUACAACUGAAAACAGUGGUAUUAGAGCCGGGGAGCUCUUACUUACCAAUGGGGAAUCCUAUUCUGGGUCAUUACUGAGCAAUGUACCUGAAGGUCCAGGGAAAUAUGUUUGGCAAGAUGGUUGUAUAUAUGAGGGCGAAUGGCAACGUGGGAUGAGACAUGGAAAUGGAAAAAUUCUGUGGCCUUCUGGAGCUAUUUAUGAGGGUGAAUUUUCAGGUGGUUAUAUUCAUGGCAGAGGAACUUAUACUGGCCCUGGUGGUUUGACCUUUAAGGGAAGAUGGAAGUUGAAUCUCAAACAUGGGUUGGGGUGUCAAGUCUACCCAAAUGGAGAUGUCUUUGAAGGCUUUUGGAUCCAGGGAACACCUGAAGGGCAUGGUAUGUAUGCCUGGGCUAAUGGCAACAUUUAUUUGGGAAAUAUGAAAGGAGGGAAAAUGUCAGGGAAAGGAACGCUUACCUGGAGAAAUGGAGACUCAUUUGAAGGAAGCUGGUUAAAUGGUAUGAUGCAUGGAUUUGGAGUAUAUACAUGGAGUGAUGGUGGUAGCUAUGUUGGAACUUGGUCACGAGGUUUAAAAGAUGGGAAAGGAUCUUUUUAUCCCAAAGGCAGCUGGGGUUCAGCUUCACAAGAACUGUACCUCAGUGCUCUGAGAAAAAGAGGGCUAUUGCCAGAUUUGAGAAAGCAAAUGCAUGCAAAUGCUCAUCAUACUUCUUCAGUGGAUAUGGCAAAUGCCAAGAUUGGUGGGCACAGAGGAUCUCGUCGAAUUUCAGCUGAUAAUCUCUCCAAGGGGAAUUUAAUAAAUUUGGAGCAGGCUCGUAGCAGAAAUGUUUCCCUGGAAAGGCGUUGGAGCCUUGAGGUAUCUAUUGAAAAGGUGAUUGGACAUGAUUCAUCAUUAGACUUGUCUGAAUCUUUCUCAGAAGGCUUGGAGAAAGAGAGUGAUACCAAUGUACCACCAAUUUUGGAACGUGAAUAUAUGCAAGGUGUUUUGAUCAGUGAACUUGUUUUAAAUAACAGUUUUUCAGAAUCCUCUAGAAGAGAGAAACGACGACAAAAAAAACUAGUGAAAGAAGUGAAGAGACCUGGUGAGGCAAUCAUUAAAGGUCACAGGAGUUAUGAUUUAAUGCUCAGUUUACAGCUUGGAAUCAGAUAUACUGUGGGGAAAAUAACACCUGUACAAAGGCGAGAAGUUCGAGCAUCAGACUUUGGUCCUCGGGCAAGUUUUUGGAUGAUUUUUCCAAAACAAGGGUCUCAACUAACACCGCCUCAUCAAUCAGAAGAUUUCAAGUGGAAAGACUAUUGCCCAAUGGUUUUUAGGAAUUUAAGGGAGAUGUUCAAAAUUAAUGCAGCUGACUACAUGAUGUCCAUUUGUGGAAAUGAUGCUCUCAGGGAACUUUCUUCUCCUGGGAAAAGUGGUAGUGUCUUUUUCCUUUCCCAAGAUGAUCGUUUCAUGAUUAAGACACUCCGGAAAUCUGAAGUGAAGGUUCUUCUAAGAAUGCUUCCGACCUAUCAUCAUCAUGUGAGGUCAUAUGAAAAUACACUCAUAACAAAAUUUUUUGGUCUUCACAGGAUCAAACCUUCAAGUGGUCAAAAGUUUCGCUUUGUAGUGAUGGGAAAUAUGUUCUGCACAGAACUAAGGAUUCAUCGGAGAUUUGAUUUGAAGGGCUCAUCAUUGGGGCGCUCAACAGACAACAUUGAAAUUGAUGAGAACACAACACUAAAGGAUUUGGAUCUAAACUACAGCUUUUAUCUGGAACCUUCUUGGAGAGAGGCUUUAUUAAAGCAGAUAGAAACUGACAGCAAAUUUUUGGAAGCUCAACACAUUAUGGAUUACAGCCUUUUGCUGGGUGUGCAUUGUCGAGCUCCCCAGCACUUGCGCUCUCUCAUGAACAUGCAAGCAGAUGGAUUGGGAAUUGUUGCAGAGGAAGAGGAUGAAAUUUCCAACUACCCAGAUGGCCUUGUUUUGGUCCCCCGUGGAACAGAUGAUAGUAGCAUUGUUGUGGGCCCUCACAUCAGAGGUAGCCGGUUGCGAGCAUCAUCUGCUGGUUAUGAGGAGGUGGAUCUCCUUCUCCCUGGUACAGCAAGACUGCAGAUUCAGCUUGGUGUGAACAUGCCGUCAAGGGCAGAGCUAAUUCCUGGGAAGCAGGAAGAUCUAUUUCAUCAGUCAUAUGAUGUUGUUCUGUACCUGGGUAUCAUUGAUAUCUUGCAAGAUUACAACAUGUCUAAGAAGAUUGAACAUGCAUACAAAUCUCUUCAAUUUGAUUCUGUAUCCAUCUCUGCUGUAGACCCUAUGUUCUACUCACAGCGGUUCUUAGAAUUUAUCAAGAAAGUCUUCCCCAUUACAAGUUAAAAAGUUUUAGAUAUUGCCUCCUCUUUCAGUUCACCUUUAUGCCAGGCCACAUCCCAUGAAUGCCUAUUGUAGAAUUAUUGUUAAAGGCACAACUAUUAUAUGGGGGUUGUACGUAUUGUGUAGUAAUCGACCUGUAGGAGUGUAAUGGAGUGGUGAGUUUGACGGUAAGAGAAUUUGCGUUGUAUGACCAAGAAUUAUUCCAUUUUGUGACUAAUGGAGCACUUGCAAAUUUCCUA